AUGGCGAACGCUGGUGCCCCUCCCGACUAUUACAAGAUCCUCGAGAUCGCCGAGACGGCCACAACGCAGCAAGUCCGUGAUGCAUACAAGAAGGCAGCCCUGAAGACACACCCGGACAGGGUCCCCGCCGACUCGCCCGAACGCGCGACCCGCACCCGCAAGUUCCAGCUCGUCAACGAUGCCUACUACACGCUCUCGGACACGCAAAGACGGCGCGAGUACGACGCCCAGCGCAAACUCUUUGGCGCGUCCGCCGGCGCGACGUACGGCGACUUCUCCGACGACGACGACCCUGCUGAGGAGGUGCCGCCCCAGCAGACCGGCAGCGGCGGCGGCGGCGGGAAGUCGCAGAGCGCCUAUUCAUGGGCGUGGAACUUCUUCACGGGCGGCAAGCAGAGCGAGGAGGAGCGUGAGAGGACAGGCAACCAGCAAUUCGGCGACGUGUUCGAGGAGAUGCUGCGCGAGGAGGGCAUGGCCGAGGAGGGCACGAACCGGCCGACGGGCUCCUUCUGGGGCACCAUCGGCGGGCUGAGUGGCGGCGCGCUAGGAUUCAUUGUCGGUAACAUGCCCGGAGCGGUCGCGGGGGCCGUCGCCGGCAACAGGCUCGGCGCCGUCCGAGACGCGCGGGGCAAGAGCGUCUACGCCGUUUUCCAGGAGCUUCCUCAGCCGGAUCGCGCAAGGUUGCUAACCCAGCUGGCUGCCAAGAUCUUCAGCCAUACGGUGGGAGUCUAA